CACACGGGGCUUCCUCGCUUUUUCUCCAGUGUCUCGUCUUUCCUCUCCGUGUCUUCUUGGUUUUGUGGUGUUGUCCGUCUUCCACGCCGUGAAUUCUGGAGCGUCUUUCGGUACACAUCGAGGAGGGCGCUCCGCUGUAUCGCGCCCUUCUAGUGACUUUUUCUCGAUGGCCCAGUCGGUCAAAGCAACAAAGACAUUCUCCUGGCUCUAUUCCCCAGUUCAACCGGCCGUCAUUUUUCUUGCAACCGUGGACACAUUCUUCUCCUGAGCCGUUUCCAGAUUCUCCCUCUUCUGUAUCAACACCUGGAGAGAAGACACAGUGAAGGGAGACUCGUCAACAGUGUGUGGAGUUCUUUUCGUCGCUGUUCUUCCAAAGUCUUUUUGUUUUCCGGCUUUCUCGGAACCACAGACAAAACGCGCCUCUCGCCAUCACGUGGGCCGCCCCGUUUUGCAUUGUUGAGUAGCGCCUCUGCGUACACACCCCAGAUACGUCUACGCCGUUCCUUCUCUUCUUAAGCUUGCGUCUUCGGAGUUUGUGACCGGCUGUGUUCCCCGUCCGCAGCUCACCCCUCCAUUCUCCGACUCAACACGCGUCUUUGUCUUGUCUUUGUUUCGCCCGAAGUUCUCCUUCGAGCCCUGCCCUUGGGCAGCGCUCCGGUUCCUCGUCGCCUACACCUUGCCCUCUGUUUCCUAGAGACCCGCAGACGAAUCACAGAUCUCUUUUCAUCGAACAACAGACUCAGCUGCCGUCCGGAAUUUCCUCUCCAGCGAAAGCUCUGUUGGCAAUCGUUUCGGCGAGGUAUGCCAAGGGAAACGACUGGAAAUUCUAAGACUCCUCCAACACACCCCACUGGACUACGGAAGACAGGUGAAAGAGCUGAUCGGUUCCCCCGUCAACUGCACCACCAUGAAGGCCCUUCUUGUUCUGAGUGCCUUGCUCGCUGCCUGCCUUCAGGGCAGACUGGCCUCUGCUGCAGAUCAAACGGACGGGGUUCCCCCUGACAGUCAACAGGACUACCAAAACUAUCAACAGAACCAGUACUACGCUCCAGAAGAGGAGAACGGCGUUCCGCCACCGCCUCCAGUAAACACUUACGGCUCCGCAGACGUGGGAAGCAAUGCAGGAGGUACCCCGCCUGCCGCAGCCCCCUACUACCCACCCCCGCAGCAGCAGGGCUACGUACCCCAGGACCAACAGGGGUACGCCCCGCCCGCGCAGCAAGGCUACAACGCCCCUCCUCAAGUGCCUCCUUCUCACCAGGUUCCUCCUCAGUAUCAGCAACAGUAUGUGCCUCAGUACCAGCAACAGCGCCAGCAGGGGUACGCACAACAGUACGCUGGAGGCGUACCUCCUCAACAGGCCCAGGGUGGGUACCAGCAGAACCGGCCGGCCCCUGGGCCGCAAGGUGGCUCUGGGUACGGAGCUCCGGCACCUGUGGGCCAACAGGCCCCGCCGCCGCCGCAGUACAAAGCGCCGCCGCCUCAGGGCACUCCUCAACAAGGGUACCCGCAGGGCGGGGCCCGGGCCCCACCCCCUGCGAGUGCGCGCACGGGUCAACCGGCCCCGGCGGCUGCGGCCCCAGGGUACCAAACCCAGCGCCAGGGCCAGCAGCCCCAGAGACCCGCGCCUGUGGGCCAAGUACCCCAGGCGGGUCAACCGGCGCCUGCCCGCCAGCAACAACGACCGACUCCUCCCGCCCAACAGCCAAGACAAAGUCCGCCCCCUCCUCAACAGACUCCUCAACAGACUCAACAGCGAACGCCUUCUCAACAAACGCAACAACAGAGAGCAGCGGCCCCCCAGCAGGCCCGCCAGGCUCCUGCGGCUAGCCAGCAACAGAGACCUGUGCAAACCGGAGGAGCGAACCAAGGCGCUGGGACUCCUCGCGCCGGAGUACAGACACCCCAGGCCGGUGUAGGGGCGGGUGUACAGACACCUCAGGCUCAAGGGGGGGCGACACAGCAGAGACAGCAGGCUCAACGCGCUGCUCCUCAGAGAGCGGAGAUGAAGCCCGCAGCUCCAGAUGAGGACAGCGAAGAGGAAGAAGGCGACCUGGAGGAACGGAUUCGCCGCGAAGACGAGGGACAGCUCUUCGACGACGACGACGACAGCGCCAGUUCGCUCAUGGAAGAGUGGGAGAAACACAUGCAGAACUUUAUUCCAGAUAUGCUGGUCACUUUUCCUCUAGCUCCGCGAAGUGACGAGUACUUUUACGAGCACAUCGAGGCGAACGACGGGGCUGUUCACCUCAGAGGAGGUUUCUUUGUCGGCGGCGACGAAGGCUCGGCUUCUGUGGAUUUCUCCAUCACGGAUCCCGAUGGCGACAUCAUCUACAAGAAGAGCAAGAGCGAGGGUCUGUUCUACUUCACUGCGAAGAAGAAGGGCACUUACUCGUUCAUUGUCUCCAACCACCAGUGGCUGGAGAGUCGGAUGGUUACGUUCGCGAUUGGUCGAGGCAACGAAACGGCGUUGAUGCCGAAGCACGUUCAGACGGCAGGCGAGAUGGCAGACACCUUGCAGAACCAGCUCAGAGAUAUUCAGGCGGAGACGACUUACCUGUGGAUCCGGCAGCGUUCGCAUGCAGAGGCGGCCACAGCGCUGCACUCGAAACUUUUCUGGCUGGCUGUUGUUGAGUUUGCGUGUCUCAUCACCACCUCUGCUUUCCACGUCUUUUACAUCCAGUCUCUCGUGUCUGACAAGCGCAUUCUGUGAGGGCGGAGUUUCGCCGCGGUGACGGCACCUGCGUUUUCGAGAUCUUCGUUUCAGAUCAGUGGUCGAUGUUUCUUCUGAAUCAAAACCUGUUAUCUUUCUGGCUGCCUCACGGGCGCGUGCAGACGCGAUCUCUGCACCUCUACACAGGAAACUCGCAGCAGCAAGCUGCGUCUCCGGCCCCUCCUCGCGCCGCAGCGAAGGAAACUUCACGCUCUGUUUCGAGAGGCACGAGAUGAAUUCGACUUAGAAUGCCAACUGGGAGACACCGUGAAAACCUCUUUACUCCGGAGUUCACUACGAAGCUACACGGCGGAUAGUUUUCUUCUCCGCUUACCUGCAGCCACCGUUCUUUCCUCAGGGGUCUGCCCCUUUUAGGACAGCUACCAAGGAAAGGCAGAUCUGACUGCUCAAAAGAUUUCUGUCGGCCACCUUUGCUUGUUAUUGCUUGCUUUUCUACCGCUUAAAUCUGUCACUCGUUUCUGCGUAGACUUUCCUAGUCGUUUCUCCCCGUCUCCUCAAAAGGAAGGAUCUCUCUGAGUCGUUCAGGAACUGCGUGAUGCCUGUCAACACUUGGUGCGGCGGGGGAGGGGGGGAGGGGGGUCGCCGAGCUGAGGGCUGAGAGACAGUCGGAAACGCGUAGUCUGAAACCUCCCAACGGUUUCUGCAAUCAACCUUCAUCCCAC